GUUAAGGCGUCCGCCUUGACAGUACGUAACAACAGAAGGUUCGCCAGGUUGACGUGAAGAGCAGCAAGUCGUCGUUUCCACACACGCAGGGAUCAACAACACCGUCGUAGAGGAGCAGUUUGUUUGUUGUUAUGAGAAGAAGCGGCUGGUUGUCUUAGGACUGAGUCCACAGACCAUGGCGGCGGUUCCUCCACUUCUACGGACCGACUCGGCCCGGGGAGAGUUUUCCCCCCUGAAGCAUUUCGUGGUGGCCAAGAAGACGAUCAGCGGCGUGUUCGAGCAGCUACUCAAUUACGUGACGGAGACCUCGAAGUUUGUGGAGGAAACAUGCGAGAACAAAGCUCUGGAGAAAAUCGCAAGUCUGGAUCAAAAGUUGGAGAUCCAGGCGUAUGCAGAGAAGCUUGCAGUCAUCAAGGAGGUGCUGGCUCGCAGACACAUGAAAGUGGCCUUUUUUGGCAGGACGAGUAACGGUAAAAGCACAGUGGUCAACGCCAUGCUGAGGGACCGAGUGCUGCCCAGCGGUAUCGGCCACACCACCAAUUGCUUCCUGAGCGUGGAGGGCACCGAUGAGGACAAGGCCUACCUCAAGACUGAGGGCUCGGACGAGGAGAAGAGCAUCAAGACGGUAAACCAGCUGGCCCAUGCCCUGCACAUGGAUGAGAGUCUGGACGCCGGCUGUCUCGUACGUGUUUUUUGGCCCAAGACCAAGUGCGCCCUGCUUCGAGACGACCUGGUGCUUGUCGACAGCCCAGGCACAGAUGUCACAUCGGAGUUGGACAGCUGGAUAGACAAGUUUUGCUUGGACGCCGACGUCUUCGUGCUGGUGGCCAAUUCCGAAUCCACGCUCAUGAACACGGAAAAACACUUUUUUCACAAAGUGAACGAGCGGUUGUCAAAGCCCAACAUCUUCAUCCUGAACAAUCGUUGGGACGCCUCGACCAAUGAGCCAGAGUACAUGGAGGAUGUGAGAAAGCAGCACACAGAUCGUUGUGUGAACUUCCUGGUGGAGGAGCUGAAGGUGGUGGACCGCGAGCAGGCACCCAACCGCAUCUUCUUCGUGUCCGCCAAAGAGGUGCUCAACUCUCGCAUGCAUCGAGCACAGGGCAUGCCCGAGACAGGUGGCGCUCUGGCUGAAGGCUUCCAGGAGAGAUUGAAGGAGUUCCAGAGCUUUGAGAGGAGGUUUGAGGAGUGUAUCUCGCAGUCAGCAGUGAAAACUAAGUUUGAGCAGCACACUAUCAGGGCCGAGCAGAUCACAGAACAAGUCAAGUGCAUCAUGGACGUCAUCAACAUCGAGGCGGCAGAGAAGAGAGUUGCCGCACUGGAGGAUCGAGAAUAUCAGAUGGACCGACUGGAUUUUGUGCGAACUCAGCUCAGGCUGCUGAUUGAUGACAUCAAUAAGAAGAUCAAGUCCAUCAGUGAGGAUGUGGAGUCUCAGGUAUCCAACGCCAUGGGGGAGGAGAUCUGCCGCCUCAAUGUCAUUGUUGAUGAAUUCCACGCCGACUUCCACCCAGCGCCUAGUGUCCUCAAGGCCUACAAGUCCGACCUGCUGAGCCACGUGGAAAAAGGGAUGGGCAAGAACUUGGCCUUCCGCUGCUCGGACGCCGUCAACGCCUCCGUCCAAUCAACUCAGAGAUAUAUGACAGAGAGCAUGUUACCUUUGCUGCCCGCCGCCUGCCACAGCCAAGUCCACCUGCUGGUGCCCAACAGGAAGUUGGACCUGAGUUAUGACCUUAACUGCGCCUCGCUGUGCAGCGACUUCCAGGAGGACAUUGAAUUUCGCUUUUCCAUGGGCUGGACGGCGCUGGUGCACCGCUUCCUGGGCUCUGUCAACGCCGAGCGAGCCCUCAAGCUGGUGGACCAGAAGAUCCAGGUAAGGUUAAGGCCACGCCUCCCAGCAAGGUGUGUCGCAGGUCACCUGACAUACUUUGUCUCGCAGGCUUCGCUGCCAGCGUCCACGCCCUCCUCGGGACCGCCUUCCACCGUAGCGCAGCCCAACCACGACACGGCAGUGGCAACUCAGGAAGACUUGAUGGUCGCCAUGGCAACCAACGUGGCUUCCAUCACCUCCCGCACGUCGAUGAGCGCCAUCGUGGUCGGAGGAGUGGUGUGGCGCACGCUCGGCUGGAGGCUGAUCUGCAUGAUGGCGUCCCUCUACGGCCUGCUGUACCUGUACGAGAGACUCACCUGGACCACCAAGGCCAAGGAGCGCACCUUGAAGCGGCAGUUUGUGGACUAUGCCACCGACAAGCUGCAACUCAUCGUCAGCUUCACCAGCGCUAACUGUAGCCAUCAAGUGCAGCAGGAGAUGAUGACAACUUUCAGUCGAUUGUGUCAACAAGUGGAUCAAACCCAAAAAGAACUGGAGGAAGAAAUCCUUCAACUGACAGCAAAAGUCAACCAACUGGAGACUGUGCAGAAGCAGUCCAAGACUCUCAGGCACAAAGCGAGUGAGUUGGAGCGACAGCUGGAGACUUUUUCCAAGCAAUAUUUGCAGCAGCAACUCUAAAGAUGUCACUUCUUGUUGACAGAAGAAAAGGACGAUGAAGGCUAUUAACUAACUAGCACUAACCAACUAACUAUCUGGGUGCUACUCUCACACGCCAAUUAACUUGCAUCAAAGUGUGCGUGAGUAUGAUUUGUGUGUGUGUGUUGCUGACUCAGCAACGUUUAGUUCUUUGUAGAAAUCACUCGAUUAAAGUCUCCUAUUUUCUUAUCUACUCAA